CUUAAGAGGCGCCGCCGCCCGCGCCCCACUUCCUGUGAGCGUUACUCAACUCGACCCUUAGCUUGUCGAGGACGGUAACGAGCCCCGCCGCCUGCUCCGCCCGCUUUCCUCCGUCUGCUCGGGAACCCCCACAGGCCCAUCAUGCGCGAGUGCAUCUCCAUCCACGUUGGCCAGGCUGGUGUCCAGAUCGGCAAUGCCUGCUGGGAGCUCUACUGCCUGGAACACGGCAUCCAGCCUGAUGGCCAGAUGCCCAGUGACAAGACCAUCGGGGGAGGAGACGACUCCUUCAACACCUUCUUCAGUGAAACGGGCGCUGGCAAACAUGUGCCCAGAGCUGUGUUUGUAGACCUGGAACCCACAGUCAUUGAUGAAGUUCGCACUGGCACCUACCGCCAGCUCUUCCACCCUGAGCAGCUCAUCACAGGCAAGGAAGAUGCUGCCAAUAACUAUGCCCGUGGGCACUACACUAUUGGCAAGGAGAUCAUUGACCUCGUCUUGGACCGGAUUCGGAAACUGGCUGACCAGUGCACAGGUCUUCAGGGCUUCUUGGUGUUCCACAGCUUUGGCGGGGGAACCGGUUCUGGGUUCACCUCCCUGCUGAUGGAACGUCUCUCUGUCGAUUAUGGCAAGAAGUCCAAGCUCGAGUUCUCCAUCUACCCAGCUCCCCAGGUUUCCACUGCUGUGGUUGAGCCCUACAACUCCAUCCUCACCACCCACACCACUCUGGAGCACUCUGAUUGUGCCUUCAUGGUAGACAAUGAGGCCAUCUAUGACAUAUGUCGUAGAAACCUUGAUAUUGAGCGCCCGACCUACACUAACCUGAACCGCCUUAUUAGCCAGAUUGUGUCCUCCAUUACUGCUUCUCUCCGAUUUGAUGGGGCCCUGAAUGUUGAUCUGACAGAAUUCCAGACCAAUCUGGUGCCCUACCCCCGAAUUCAUUUCCCUCUGGCCACAUAUGCCCCAGUCAUCUCUGCUGAGAAAGCCUACCAUGAGCAGCUUUCUGUUGCAGAGAUCACCAAUGCAUGCUUUGAGCCAGCCAACCAGAUGGUGAAAUGCGACCCUCGCCAUGGUAAAUACAUGGCUUGUUGCCUGUUAUACCGUGGUGAUGUGGUUCCCAAAGAUGUCAAUGCUGCCAUUGCCACCAUCAAGACCAAGCGCAGCAUCCAGUUUGUGGACUGGUGUCCCACUGGCUUCAAAGUUGGUAUCAAUUACCAGCCUCCCACUGUGGUUCCUGGUGGGGACCUGGCCAAGGUCCAGCGAGCUGUGUGCAUGCUGAGCAACACCACAGCCAUUGCUGAGGCCUGGGCUCGCUUGGAUCAUAAGUUUGAUCUGAUGUAUGCCAAGCGUGCCUUUGUUCACUGGUAUGUGGGUGAGGGCAUGGAGGAGGGAGAGUUCUCCGAGGCCCGUGAGGACAUGGCUGCCCUUGAGAAGGAUUAUGAAGAGGUUGGUGUGGAUUCUGUUGAAGGAGAGGGGGAGGAAGAAGGGGAAGAAUACUAAAACUUUAAGCCCUGAAUCAUGUCUUCCUUUAAACAACUCCAGCUCUAGAUGACAGUAAAGCUUUAUUAGAUCCUAUUUUUAAAUGUGAAUCAUGUCUUGUGUACCUCUUGACUUUAUUUCCAUCAUGUCUCAAUAAAUGCUUUUAAAUGUCUGA